AUGAAUGAUGACGGUACUGGCCAGUCAGCCAGCUUCACCUGUCCAGCGCCAAGCUCAAAAAGAGGCACAGACCCAGUGAGAUCUCAGCGUCCCUCGGCCAUUCAACUACCACCUCCGUCCCCUUCAUCGCACGGUCAGCGUUCCACAAAUGGAACUCAUCGUUCCAACCGAAGACCAGCCACAGCCACAUCGUGGAAUUCGAAACAAAACUAUCCCGAUUUUCUAGCUUCCGGUGACCGACCCGCAAGUCAAGCUGCCUCGGUCAGUGAGCAACAAACAAACACGGAUGAGCAGCGAUUAUCGGCCAGUUUGAGCUGUGUCGAAAAUUCCGGCCUCAUGCCGGAUACACCCGGGGAUCGUUCUCGAAAUUUCAGAACGAAUAUUGCCGAGGAGCGGUUGACUAAAGGCAAUUCAUCCUCUCCAUCGGCGGAAAGAAAAUCUGCGAAAUAUGCACAGUCGAAAAAAGACACUUCUCCCACACGACCGGGAAAGUCGAGAUCCAGCAAAGAGUUGCACAAACUGGAACUACCGCUUGAACCGAUGUCGGAUAGUGUGUUACAACAAGAACUUGCCAUGCUACGAUUUGAAACUUUGGGACAAAGAAGAUCACUGUUCUAUUGCCAAAAAGAAGCACAAUUCUAUUUCAAGAAGUUGCGACAAAUUGAAGAUCUUUGUCUUCAAUUGAGUGAAAUGAAAGAUAAACCCAAUGAUGGGAUUCUGGACGCAAUAUUUGGAAUUCUAUACGAAACAGAAGAGGGCUUUACCAGUCCCGUAGAAGAGGAAGCGUGCGNNNGUGAUCUGAUCCUCGGAAUGUUCUUGUCCCGUGAGAGGACCGUUUUCGAUUUACGAUUUUGA